CUAAGAAACAACUUGCACGCAACUCCAAAAAAAAGCGAUUAUCAUUACUAUUAAUCAUUCACAAUAAUCAACUUUUCUUAUAAAUCACUUUUUCCUUUUAUCUAUAAUCUAUCCAUUCAUUCUCUUCUUCUUCUUCAUUGUUCUUUUCGCGUUAUGGAUUCUUCUGUGUUGACUUAUCACUUUAAUCACUUUCGAACCACCGCGAAUUCGUUUCUAUCUCAAUACGAACCUCUUGCACUGAUUCUCGUUCCGAUUUUCACUCUCUUUGUCGCGAACGUAGUUCGUUCGUUUUUCGAAGUUUUUCGUGAUAAAGGAGUCAAAGCUACUCUCCUAGGGUUCUUCAUGAACUUCAUCAAAUUGAUUCCUGGUGUGAAGAGUUAUAUAGAUGCUGAAAAACAGAAGGUUGUGGAUAAGUUGCAGUCGGAUGGUAAAUCUAAAAGAGAUGGUUGGACGACAGAGUUGCCAAGCACGGGGUUGGGGACAUCUGUGCUUGAGAAAAUGAAAGAAGAGAAAAAAAAUGAUGCAGUUUGGCAAGGCAAAUGCUCUGGUACAGUCUACAUUGGAGGAAGUGAGUCUAGUGAACAUUUUUAUGUCAUAAAUGAGGCCUGCUCAAUGUUUGCACAUACCAACCCCUUGCAUUUGGAUGUAUUCCAGAGUGUCGUACGCUUUGAGGCAGAAGUGGUUGCAAUGACAGCGGCACUUCUCGGUAGUAAAGAAAAGGCAUCUGGAGGACAAAUAUGUGGAAACAUGACAUCAGGAGGAACUGAAAGCAUAUUAUUAGCUGUUAAAUCAUCUCGCGACUAUAUGAAGUCCAAAAAAGGAAUUACAAAACCCGAAAUGAUAAUUCCCGAGUCUGGUCACUCAGCAUAUGACAAAGCUGCACAGUAUUUUAACAUAAAACUAUGGCGUGUUCCAGUUAACAAAGAUUUUCAAGCAGACGUGAAAGCAAUUCGGCGUUAUAUCAACAAAAAUACCAUUUUGAUUGUUGGAUCUUCUCCCGGGUUUCCUCAUGGGAUAAUAGACCCCAUUGAAGAACUUGGUCAACUAGCAUCAAGCUUUGGCAUUUGUUUCCAUGUGGACCUUUGCCUUGGUGGCUUUGUAUUACCUUUCGCUCGUGAGCUUGGGUACGAUAUUCCACCUUAUGAUUUUUCUGUUAAAGGGGUUACUUCAAUAUCAGUGGAUGUGCAUAAAUAUGGGUUAGCUCCCAAAGGAACAAGUAUCGUUCUAUAUAGGAACCAUGAAAUCAGAAAGAAUCAAUUUGUUGCAGUUACCGAGUGGUCUGGUGGGUUGUAUGUAUCUCCAACCAUAGCUGGAAGUAGACCUGGAAGCCUUAUUGCUGGUGCAUGGGCAGCAAUGAUGUCUCUAGGGAAAGAAGGUUACUUGGAACAUACCAAAGCAGUUAUGGAAGGAUCAAAAAGACUACAAAAAGGCGUAGAGGAGAUUCCUGAGUUGUUUAUCAUUGGACGACCAGAUAUGACAAUCAUAGCUUUUGGAUCCAAAGUUCUGGAUAUAUUUGAGGUCAACGAUAUCAUGUCAUCCAAAGGUUGGCAUUUGAAUGCAUUGCAGAGACCCAACAGCAUCCAUAUCUGCGUGACACUGCAACAUGUACCAAUUGUUGAUGACUUUAUAAGGGAUUUAAAGGAAUCUGUGGAAACUGUGAAACAAAAUCCGGGUCCAAUAAGUGGAGGACUGGCACCUAUAUAUGGUGCGGCCGGGAAGAUGCCCGAUAGAGGAACGGUUCAGGAAUUGCUGGUGGAUUAUAUGGAUGGUACAUGCUAGCUGCGUUCGUAAAAAACUGUUGCAUCUAAUAUUUCUGGGGGAACACGUUUGCACCAGACUCCUACCAAUUGAUAAUAUUUGAUUUCACCUUAAAUUCUUUCAUUCAAAUGAUAAGAGAAGGAAUUAGAACAUUGGCAGGGGAUCUUAUCUCAUAAGAAUAUGUAUUAUUUAUAUACUAGUACUCUAUUGGGGAGAAAAAUAAAAUACUGUUUCUUGAAUAUUAACAUAUUCAUUGUAAACUAUAAAGUGGGUUUGAUUUUCUUUUACAUAAUAAUAAAUGAUUAUUUACUGUUGAAAUAUAAUUAUAUAAAUUUUAGUUAAAUAAGAUGAAUUUAAUAUAUUUUUUA